AUGACUACUAGCGCAACCGAAAAUACGGCGCCCGUGGUGCUGAAAGUUGAUGGACUGAAAACCUACUUCGAGACCCGCUGGGGCACGGUCAAGGCCGUCGAUGGUGUCACCUUCGAUCUACGGCGCGGCGAGACCCUCGGAAUCGUCGGCGAGUCCGGAUCGGGCAAAUCAGUGACCAUGCUAUCGCUGAUGCGUCUCAUACCCGAGCCGCCUGGACGUAUCGUUGAUGGUCAGAUCCUCCUGGAGGGCCAGGACCUGGUGCAGCUGUCCGACAAGGAAAUGAGCCAGAUCCGGGGGAGCCAGAUCGCGCUCAUCAUCCAGGACCCCAUGACCUCCCUCAACCCGGUCUUUUCCAUCGGAAACCAGGUGGGAGAAGCGAUCAAGAUUCACCAGGACAUCCCGAAAAGCACUGUCCUUCAGCAGGUGCUCAACGUCCUCCGCAAGGUGAACAUCCCCGCCGCCGAGACCCGCGUCCGAGACUACCCGCACCAGAUGAGCGGCGGCAUGCGACAGCGCGUGGUCGGAGCCAUCGGCAUUUCCUGCGAACCCAUCGUGUUGAUCGCCGACGAGCCGACAACCUCACUCGAUGUCACCAUCCAGGCCCAGUACCUCAAGCUCCUGAAGGAGUUGCAGGAAGCCUCCGACAUCGGGCUCAUCUUCAUCACCCACGACUUUGGGAUCGUCGCCAAGAUGUGCGACCGGGUGGCCGUGAUGUACGCCGGCAGGAUCGUCGAGAUGGGCGAUGUGCGGGACAUUUUCAACAACCCUUCCCAUCCCUAUACGGAGGCGCUCCUCUCCUCGGUCCCCAAGCUUGAGGCAAAUCCGGCGACCCAAACCACCAACGAAGUCCUGCUCGAGGCCGAGGGCCUCAAAAAAUACUUCCCCGUGACCAAGGGUCUCCUGAUAUCCAAAGUAACCGGAUGGAUCAAAGCCGUAGACGGCGUUUCCUUCCAAGUCCGCGCCGGUGAAACCUUGGGCAUCGUGGGUGAGUCCGGCUGCGGCAAGAGCACCACCGCCAAGAUGCUCCUGAUGCUUGAAGAGCCCACCGAGGGGACCAUCCGGUACCAGGGACAGGAAAUUCGCAACGCGAGCUCCGAACAGCGCCGCGCCUACCGGAGCUCGGUUCAGGCCGUAUUCCAGGACCCCUGGAGCUCGCUCAACCCCAGGAUGCGUGUCCGCGACCUCAUCGCCGAACCGAUGGUCAUCAACCUCAACCUGAGCCGUCGCGAAAUGCAGGACCGGGUUACCAAACUGCUCGGCGAUGUCGGCCUCAGCAACUACCACGCCAACCUGUACCCUCAUGAGUUCAGCGGCGGGCAACGCCAGCGGCUGGCCAUCGCCCGGGCCCUGUCGGUCGAGCCCCGGGUCAUUGUGUUGGAUGAGCCCGUCUCCGCGCUGGACGUCUCAAUUCGCGCCCAGAUAAUGAACCUCCUGAAGGACCUCCAGGAGGAGUACAACGUCAGCUACCUGCUCAUCGCCCACCACCUGGCCACGGUGCGGUAUAUGUGCGACUGGGUCGCCGUCAUGUACCUGGGGCAGAUCGUCGAGUUCGGGCCCACAAAAGAGCUGUUCCAGAACGCGUCACACCCCUACACCAAGGCCUUGAUGAACGCGGCGCUGCCCUCGCAUCCGGACAUCGAGCAGGAGGAGAUGAUCCUGACCGGCGAGGUGCCCUCCCCGCUGAAUCCGCCCGAGGGUUGCCGGUUCCAUCCCCGCUGCCCCUUCGUCAUGGAACGUUGCUCCCGCGACAUUCCUGAAGUCACCGAGUUGGCUCCGGGCCACGUGGUUUCCUGCCACCUCUACUGA